UGUAGGUAUAGGUAGCUGCCCUGCGCUUGCUUGUACAUAGGCUCAUCGCAUCGUAUCGCCUCUCAUCCCUCCGUGCGCAUAUCCAAGCGGGCUCACGCCGACACCCACGCCUGGGACUCGAGAUUGGCUGCAGAGUGCUGGCAGCGCACCCGUUUGGGAAGCGCGAUAACCGUCCAAACAACACACUCACACUCGUACUUAUCCCCUGCGGCACACCCCGCAGCAUUCAUCCCAUCCUGCGUCAUCGCCCGUCCUCCCCCGACAAGCUCGGCUCGAACUGUACAUAGCAUCUACUGGUAGAGAGAAAGAGAAGCUACAUCCUGACGACUGUAUCAGGCAUCUCCAAGGCGCUUGCGUGAGUGACCACUCAAAUAGACCAAGCAAUCGAAGUCAAGAUGGCGCUCUCCUCCGAGUACGCCGCCAUACUCAACGAGCUCAACCGCGAGGUUCUACGUACCAGACCUAUCGACCCACUGCAGUUCUGCGCCAACUGGUUCAACAGACGUCUUGAAGAGCAGCGUGUCGCUCAUCGAAGUGCUGCUGGUGUUGGUGCGGGCGCAGAUGCAAGCGUCGACCCCGUGGCCCCCGCACCGACCUCUGUCGUCCUGCCGUUGUCCAACACUCCGAGCUUGACCUCGUUCUUCUCCUCUGCCAGUCCCUUUGGCGUUGACGUGGCUGGGGCCUCAACCCCAACAGCAUCGCCACACCGCGGCUCGCUCGACAGCUCAUCCAGCACCGAUACGGGCGACGAAGAGAUACCCGCACCAGACACCCCUGGGGCUUCCUCCGCCGGCAUUGGCCGCAGUGGCAGCACCUUCAUGCCUCCGCCCUCGUUCAACUUUGGCCGGCGCACGUCGGUCUCGGCCGAGUCGCUCGCACGCGCCUCGGCCUCGACCCAAUCGAGCAGCAAAACGGUUAUCCCCAAGACGGACGCACAGCUGGCUCGCAUCCGCGCGGCGAUCGGUAACAAUCUGCUCUUCCGCAACUUGGAGGAGGACCAGUACAACGAUGUCCUGUUCGCCAUGAAGGAGGUCAAAGUCGACCCUAGCGUAGCCGUCAUCGAACAGGGCGCACAGGGAGACUACUUUUAUGUCGUUGAGAGCGGCACGCUCGACGUGUACAUCAAGCCGACUCUCACGAGCAGCUUGGGCAAUAGCGGCUCUGUCAAUUCAGAGUCGGAUAACAGGAGCAGCUUUCCUUGUGCAGCCGCCACGGCCAGCGACCUCUCGAUGGCUAACCUGGGCGAGAAAAAGUCCAGCUACGGCCCCGGUCACUCGUUCGGCGAGCUCGCGCUGCUCUACCUCCAACCGCGCGCCGCGACGAUCCUCUCAACGUCGCCCUGCACGCUGUGGGCGCUGGACCGCGUCACAUUCCGCUCGAUCCUCAUGGAGACUAAUAGCCGCAGGCGUGCGCUGUACGACAGCUUCCUCAAGGACGUCGCACUGUUCGAGCACCUCAGCGACGCUGAGCGCGCCAAGAUCAGCGACGCGCUCGAGGUGCGCACGUACGACAUUGGCCAGCGCCCCAUCAAGCAGGGCGAGCGCGGCACCGAGUUCUUCAUUAUCGUCGAAGGCUUCGCAGAGGUCAAGAAGCGCAAGCUGGCGCCUGCGGCCUGCUCUUCGACUUCAUCAGUAGCUGGGCCCGCAGUCAGUUCCUCUACAGCAUUGGAUGAUGAGAUGACCAUCGGCCGCCUCGGCCGCGGCGACUACUUUGGCGAACUGGCCCUGCUUAACAACGCACCACGUGCAGCAUCCGUCGUCGCCGCCGCCGCUCUGCCCGGCGAAGUCGCAUCCGUAUCCGCAGCAUCAUCAUCAGCAGCAGCAGAGACAGCAGCUCCUCCGCCUGCCAAGAAGCUCAAGGUGGCCACGCUGAGCGAAAAGGCGUUUACGCGCCUGCUCGGCCCACUCGCAGGCAUCAUGGGACGUUACGCAGAGGAGCGCUACGGCCCGUCUUCCACGGCCGGCGCAUCGCUAGGCCCCGCAGCAGGCCCAUCCGGUGCCGGCGGCGUCAGCAGCUUGCCCAUUGCCGUGUCCGGCGGGAACGUGCCCGCGUCCAUCGCGCCGCAUCAGACAGCCACUACAGCAGGCACAUGGAUCGGCGGAAGCCCGUUCGGACAGCCGCCGUCUGUUCGGACAUGAUCUGAUAGCUGUCGUUUGCGCGCAAGCUGACGUGGUGAAACACAGCGUGUCGUUGGCCAGCAGGAUAAAGAAACGCUGCGUAGGCGCCUGCUCUCAUUUCAUUUUAUCGGUCUACAGAAAGCAAGAAGAGUUCGUGUGACCUUAAACCUGUACGAGCGAUGGAAAUGCAGUCUAAACCAAGCUUUGCAAAUUGUAUACACUA